AUGGGAACCAAGCGAUCGACUGUCCAUCUUCGAAGGAGGAGGACUUCACAGAUUGGCGCUUCUUCUGCUGGCGAUCGUCUUCCCUCCCUCUCCAAUCACUUUCAGCUCUCUCCUGGACACUGAAAAUCUAUGGCGGAGGCGCUCGUCGGCGGAGCAUUUCUCUCCGCUUUCCUCCAGGUGCUCUUCGACCGCAUGGCCUCUCGCGAGGUCGUCGACUUCUUCGGAUCGAGCAAGCUCAGCAAGAGGAGGUUGCUGGAGAAGCUGGAGGUCGCGCUCUUGUCCGCGAACGCCGUGUUGGACGACGCGGAGGAGAAGCAGAUGACCAGCUCCUCCGUCAGGAGGUGGGUCGACGAGCUCAAGGACGCCGUGUACGACGCCGACGACCUGUUCGACGAAAUCGCGACCGAGAAUCUGAAGCGCGAAGUCGGGAUCGAGUCUCGGCCUCUCGUUUGUAAGGUUUGGAGCUUCGCUUCGGAUGCUUGUGUGAGUAGAUUUGGGGAUAAGCUAGAGAAGGUUCUGGAGAGAUUGGAGUGUGUAGUGAAGCAGAGAGAAGUGUUGGGCCUAAGAGAAGGUAUUCGCGAGAGGAUGCCUAGGACUUUGCCUACCACUUCGUUAGUCGAGGAAUCAGGCGUCUUUGGGAGAGAGAAGGACAAGGAGGCGGUAAUCGAGUUGCUUUUGUCGGAUCGGAGCGAAAAGAACACCAGUGUGAUCGCCAUUGUUGGGAUGGGAGGUGUUGGGAAAACCACGCUGUCUCAGCUUGUGUUCAAUGAUGGUGUGGUGAAGGGGAGUUUCGAGUUGAGAUCGUGGGUUUCCGUGUCCCAUCAAUUCGACAUCUGCAAGCUGACGGCGACGGCUCUUGAGGAAUUCUCCUUGUCUAGGAAGGAGACCGAAAAUCUCAACCAGCUUCAGCUCCAACUGAAGAACGUCUUGACUGGGAAAAAAUUUCUAUUGGUAUUGGAUGAUGUUUGGAAUGAGGACUUCAACAUUUGGGAUGCAUUCCUCGUUCCUUUUACCUAUGGAGCAAGAGGAAGCAAAAUCGUCGUGACAACACGAAAUGAGGGCGUGGCAUCGGUUGCUUGUGCCGUCUCAACAUACUCUUUACAGAAGUUACAAGACACAGAAUGUUGGGACUUGUUUGCAAAACAUGCAUUUGACGAGCAUAACUUCGAGGCACGCACGAGACUCGAAGAUAUUGGGCAAAGAAUUGUAAAGAGGUGUGAUGGAUUGCCUCUUGCGCUAAAGACUAUAGGUAGUUUGUUACGCUCGGAGUCUGAUAUCAGAAAGUGGGAAAUAAUUGCAGAGAGUAAUAUUUGGGAUUUGGCCCCUGGAAAGAAUGAAAUUCUCCCUGCGUUGUUGUUAAGUUAUCAUUACCUUCCUCCACAACUGAAACGAUGUUUUGCCUAUUGCUCAAUCUUCCCAAAGGAUUGUAAAUAUGAGAAGGACCAACUGAUCUUACUUUGGAUUGCUGAGGGCUUGAUAAAACAACCUAAGGACAGCAGGACAUUAGAGGAAGUAGGUGAUCAGUACUUCUGUGAUCUUGUCUCUAGAUCUCUGCUUCAUAGAGUAAGCGAUAUCGAAUCAAGUUUUUUAAUGCAUGAACUAGUCAAUGACUUAGCAAGAUAUGUAGCUGGUCAAUCUUUUUUUAGCUUGGACGGAGGCAAUGCACACCAGGUGUCCUCAAGCACCCGCCAUUUGUCAUUUGUAAGAACGCGAUAUGAUGUCGCUUCUAGAUUCGGAGUAUUGGCUGGGGCAAUGCAGUUACGCACUUUCCUGCCACUAAAUGUGGAUUAUGUGACAUCUAAUGAGUUCUUUUUCUUGACUGAUGAGGUACUGCAUGUUCUGUUGCCGACCCUGAGAAAGUUAAGGGUGCUAUCUUUGUCUCAUUAUCAGAAAAUCUCUAUGUUGCCCAGGUCAAUUGGACGUUUGAAACAACUGCGCUACUUGAACCUCUCCUAUAAUAGAAGUCUAAGCAGAUUGCCUGAUUCAAUUACUACUCUAUACAACUUGCAAACUUUAAUUCUUGCUUACUGUCAGUCUCUCAUUGAGUUACCGAGCAACAUGGGUAGCCUAACCUGUCUGCGUCAUCUUGAUAUAAGGGAGACAUUCCUGAAGAGAAUGCCGUUGCAGAUGAACAGACUGAAGAAUUUGCAGACAUUAACUAAUUUCGUGGUGGCCGAAAACGGGGGGACCAGGGUUAGGGAGCUAGGGGAGCUUGGGAAUCUUAUGGGUGCACUCUCCAUUCAGGGUUUGCAGAAUGUUGAGAGUUACCGAGAUGCCGAGAUAGUCAAUUUGCAGGGAAAAAGGUACUUGAAAAAGUUAGUACUGGAAUGGGGUUCUGAUAACAAUGUUACGCAGCAAAAUUGCUUAAAUGUAUUGGACAAGCUGCAACCUCAUUGGAACUUGAGAGAGCUUAUCAUUAUGUCCUAUAGUGGUAGGUCAUUUCCUGAUUGGCUGGGACAUGGUUUAUUCUCAAAUAUGUCAGUCGUGCGUCUUGAAUCUUGCAAGCACUGUGUGUCAUUGCCUCCUUUAGGACAGCUACCAUCUCUGGAGAAGUUGAUAAUCAAGGGAUUUGAUGGAGUAAUAAGGGUGGGUACUGAAUUUAAUGGUAGUAACUGUAUACCUUUUCAGUCACUAAAGUCUUUGGAAUUUGCUGACAUGUGCUGCUGGAAAGAGUGGACUUCUUUUGCAAUACAGACAGGAGGUCUUGCCUUUGCACAUCUGCAGGAGCUUUGUAUUAGAAAUUGCCCUGAGUUGAGUGAAGGUUUACCCAGCCAUCUCCCUUCUCUAUCAGUCUUGUCAAUUGAAAAGUGCCCACAGCUGACGUCUUCUCUACCAUUUGCACCACUUCUCCGUAAGAUCGAUUUGAAUGAUUGUGGAAAGGUUUCUGGAGUUGAGCCUCUCCUAAAUGGCACUGAGUUACAAGAUAUGGAAAUCAAGAAUCUUUCAACCCUUCCCUUGAGCUUUCUUCCUCCUACCAUGACAAGACUCAAUCUCAAAGACAGUCAUGAGAUAGAGUUGCCAAUAAACAGAUGCCAUGAAUCUCUCCAAUAUCUGAACUUGAUGCAGAGCUGCGAUUCACUUAUAUCGUUGCCUCUGGAAAUUUUCCCCUCAGUUAAGAAUAUGCAGUUAGUGGAGAUUGGAAAAUUGGAACAUCUUUCAAAUUCAGACGGUUCUCCACUUCUUCUCCAUUCGAUGAACAUUAGUGAUUGCCCUGAAUUUAGAUCUUUCCCUGCCGGAGGAUUGGCUGCCCCAUGCCUCACUUCAUUAGAGUUGAAUGACUGUCAUCAUCUAAAGUAUCUGCCAGAAAACAUGCAGGCUCUCCUUCCUUCACUUCGGUCACUGAAAAUAUCCUCAUGUCCACAACUCGAGUCAUUUCCUGAGCAGGGUUUACCCUCCAACUUGGUUGCGCUUUCAAUCUCUAAUUGUGACAAGCUCAUCACUGGCCGCAAGGAUUGGGGUCUGCAAUCACUAGCCUCUCUUAAAACUUUUGUCAUUGAGCAGGAGAAAAAUAUUGAGUCAUUUCCUGAGAUGGGGCUUCUACCAACCUCUCUCACCUCUCUGUAUAUCUUUGGCUUUGAGAAUCUGACGUCCCUGAACUCAAAAGGGCUUCAGAGCCUGGGGUCCCUUGAAAACCUGUUCAUUGGAGAAUGUCCUAAGCUCCAUUCCUUCCCAAAAGAGGGACAAAUCCUGCCCGCUUCUCUUACCACUCUGUUGAUUUAUGAUAUGGGUCUAAAAUCACUGGAUAACUUAGGGCUCCACCACCUCACUUGUCUUGAAAACUUUCACAUAAUUGGCUGCCAAAGUCUUCGAUCCAUGCCAGCGGAGGGCUUGUCAUCCUCCCUUUCCAAUCUUUUCAUCUAUGGGUGCCCUUUGCUGGAGAAAAGAUGCCAGCGGAAGAAAGGGAAAGAUUGGCCCCUGGUUUCUCACAUUCGCUGCAUCGUGAUUGAAGAUGUGCUCAUCACAUGAUUAAAUUGCUUGCUUUUCAACCCCUGUACCAAGAUCUCACUCAGGCGCUAUGAACAUGCUGAUGGUGGAUUCCUGAUGCAGCUUUGAUGGACCUACUCUUCUCCCACAAUAUCAAGAUAGUUUCAGUAACAAAGUUGUGGUGAGAAAGAAAUGGUGCUUAGUCUUCACAAGACAAGGGGAUUAUAAGGAUCAGUAGCAGCAUAGGCAAUGAGAUGGUGGAAAUCGGCAAUGAAAAUAAAUCCAUUUUUCAUGAAGUCAGCAAGCUGAGUGAUAGACUGCCGGAAAUGAAAGAAUCGAGGUCAAUUUAGGAGUUUCAAAAUUUCAUUGUUGGUUUGCAGCUUGUGAGAAAUUGUUUACCAAUGAGAGCAAGUGCAGGAGAGGCACUCCAAUGUGAUUGCAAUGUUUAACAUGAGUUGCAUUUCAACGCAGUGACAUGCCAUGGGAGAUGUAAUGGUUUGGUUGGAUUAUUGUUUUUGCAAGCUGAUACAUGUCGCAGUGGAGAAACAAGAAACCAUUCAAGGUAAAACGGCAUCAACGCAUGAUCUGUAGUUGUACAUCCCAAUGUGAGAAAUUGUUUACUAAUGAGAGCAAGUGCAGGAGAGGCACUCCAAUGUGAUUGCAACGUUUAACAUGGGUUGCAGUUUAACGCGGUGACAUGCCAUGGGAGAUGUACUUGCCUAAUGGUUUGGUUGGAUUGUUGUUUUUGCAAGCUGAUACUUGUCGCAGUGGAGAAACAAGAAACCAUUCAAGGUAAAACGGAGACAACGCAUGAUCUGUAGUUGUACAUCCCAGGUGUUCGAUGUUGUAGCAUUGGAAGCAAGGAUCAUAAUCGAAACUGAUUAUGCGCAUAAGAAGAGUAAGUUAUGGAGAGAUUGUUUGAUACAUAUUUUUUUAUAUUAGCUACGAUCGGAAAACUGGACACUCCAGUUUUCUCAAGGUAACAUUUCAUAGCUACCAUCUGGAACUAGGAAGCUUUCCCAUCUAGUUUUUAGUUGUUGCUGUGUGUUACCAAAAUGAUCACAACUAUGGUUAAUACCAAACGGGCCCUGAGUUGAGCUUUAUAGCCUAUACAGAAUCUGGAGGGGUUGGAGAAUUGGUUGAGUGGUUCAUCUCUUCAUCAAAAGCUCGUCUAAUUCGCUGCGACAGGCUUAAGCGAAGAGCAGGAAUAACACCUCUGCAUGCAAGCUGUUCCCAAA